GAUACGUGUUUAUAAAACCACCGGCUAGAGAUCAGAAAUCACAGGAGAACAAACGACUCAAGAGUCCAGAUUAAGAAUGAAGACUACUAUAUUUCCGCAGUUAGCAUUGUUGUGCUACUGCCUGUCUGGGGCACUGGGUCAGUCAGACAGUGACAUAGCCACAGAGGAUGGGAAUCUGAAAGCGAAAGAUGAGGUGGCAGCCUCAACACGGUCCCAGCAAACCUGCCAGCGUGACAUCUACACUGUGCUGAGAGAGAUGGAGGCCAGACUGAAAGCCAGUGAGAACCAGGUGUAGGAGCUGAAGAGAAAAUGUGAAGACAGACCUAUGGUGGCCUUCUCUGCAGCACUGGGAAUCAAGGCAGGGAGCAUAGGACCUUUCAACACUGAAACUACCUUGGUCUACAAAAAGAUCUUCGCAAACAUUGGCAACCACUACAAACCCACCACAGGUAUCUUCACAGCACCAGUGAGAGGACUCUACCACUUCACCUUCUACUGCCAUGUAACUGGAGCCAACCCUGGGUACGUUUUCCUGUAUAAGAACGGGGAACGUAUUGCUGCCACUGCAGAUCACGCGUCAUCUGGUGACCGUGCAGAUAAUGGAUCUAACGGGCUUGUGUUGAUGCUUGAGGUAGGAGACCAGGUCUACAUGAGCCUCGGUACCAACUCACGGAUCUACGAUGACGACAACGGCUACAACCUGAGCACCUUCAAUGGAAUUCUGCUAUUUACUCAGUAGCUAUUUACUCACUAGCUAACUCUUAGCUAUUUACUCAGUCAAAUACCUAUGGGGUCUAUGGGGUAAAAGUCCAUUGAUGGGAAUUAUGGCAACGCUAGGCUACCGUAAAAAGGUUGCUACUACUCUACUUUUUCUUCCAUUCUGCUUUCAAUUAAAACUGGAAUAAACUCAAAUUCAAAACCUG